AUGACUAAAGCUGUUGGUAUUGAUUUGGGUACAACCUACUCUUGUGUCGGUGUCUGGCAAAAUGAUCGUGUGGAAAUCAUUGCCAAUGAUCAAGGUAACCGUACCACUCCCUCCUACGUCGCCUUUACCGAUUCAGAACGUUUGAUUGGUGAUGCCGCCAAAAACCAAGUUGCGAUGAAUCCGCACAAUACGGUGUUUGACGCCAAGCGUCUUAUUGGUCGCCGUUUUGACGAUGCGGAAGUGCAGGCCGAUAUGAAGCAUUGGUCAUUCAAGGUGGUGGCCAAAGAAGGCAAGCCCGUGAUUCAAGUAGAAUACAAAGGCGAACAAAAGGAGUUCACUCCCGAAGAAAUUUCAUCCAUGGUCUUGAUCAAGAUGCGUGAAACCGCAGAAGCUUACAUUGGUGACAAGGUGGACAGUGCCGUCAUCACCGUGCCGGCCUAUUUCAACGAUUCGCAGCGUCAAGCUACCAAGGAUGCUGGUGUGAUUGCCGGUUUGAACGUCUUGCGUAUCAUCAACGAACCUACCGCAGCCGCCAUCGCCUAUGGUCUGGAUAAGGAGGCCAAGGGAGAAAUCAACGUGCUCAUCUUCGACUUGGGUGGCGGUACUUUUGAUGUGUCUCUUUUAACCAUUGAAGAGGGUAUCUUUGAAGUCAAGGCCACGGCUGGUGACACCCAUCUUGGUGGUGAAGACUUUGAUAAUCGCUUGGUCAAUCAUUUCAUUGAAGAAUUCAAACGCAAAAACAAAAAGGACAUCUCCGGCAACGCUCGUGCCGUGCGUCGCCUCCGUACCGCGUGUGAACGUGCCAAGCGUACGCUUUCUUCCAGCACCACUUCCAGCAUUGAAAUCGAUUCGCUCUAUGAAGGUAUCGAUUUCUAUACCUCGUUGACCCGUGCUCGUUUCGAAGAACUCUGCCAGGAUCUUUUCCGCUCCACCAUGGAACCCGUCGACAAGGUGUUGCGUGAUGCCAAGAUUGAUAAGGGCGCUGUCCAUGAUAUCGUCUUGGUAGGCGGUUCCACCCGUAUCCCCAAGAUUCAAAAGUUGGUCUCGGAUUAUUUCCACGGUAAACAAGCGUCCAAAUCCAUCAACCCCGAUGAAGCUGUGGCAUACGGUGCAGCCGUCCAAGCCGCUAUUCUUACCGGUGACACUUCGGAAAAGACAAGUUCACUCUUGUUGCUUGACGUCGCUCCGCUGUCUUUGGGUAUCGAAACUGCUGGUGGUGUCAUGACCCCACUUAUCAAGCGUAACACGACCGUGCCCGCCAAGAAAUCCGAAAUCUUUUCCACGUUUGCCGACAACCAACCCGGUGUGCUGAUCCAGGUCUUUGAAGGUGAACGUGCUCGCACCAAGGACAACAACUUGUUGGGCAAGUUUGAACUUUCCGGUAUUCCCCCGGCUCCUCGUGGCGUUCCUCAGAUCGAAGUCACUUUUGAUGUCGAUGCCAACGGUAUCUUGAACGUCUCGGCUCUGGACAAGACCACCGGUAAAUCUAACAAGAUCACCAUCACCAACGACAAGGGUCGUCUGUCCAAGGAAGAUAUUGAACGCAUGGUCAACGAUGCCGAAAAGUACAAGGCCGAAGACGAAGCCGUGGCCGCUCGUAUCAGUGCCAAGAAUGGUCUUGAAUCUUAUGCUUACAACUUGCGCAACACGCUUUCCGAGGAAACUGUCAAGUCCAAGUUGGAUCCUGCCGAUAAGGAGAAACUCGAAAGCUCCAUCAAGGAGACCAUUGACUGGCUUGAUAACAGUCAAGAAGCCAGCAAGGAAGAAUACGAAUCGCGACAAAAGGAGUUGGAGGAAAUUGUCAAUCCCAUCAUGACCAAACUCUAUCAAGGAGCUGGUGGUGCUCCCGGUGGUGCUCCUGGAGGUGCUCCCGGCGGAUUCCCUGGCGGUGGACCUGGUGGUGCCCCCGGUGGCGAUUCGGGUCCCACAGUCGAAGAAGUCGAUUAA